UCGGAAGUCCUCAGGCAGCCAUAGGACAGACUGUUUGGAUCCAGAGUGUGCUGUGCCCCAAAGUCACCAGUGCUGGGGUCCGGUGCCUUCACCACUCCUCCUGUCCCUCCCUUGUGGAUCCCACGUGGUUGGUGGCCUGAUCCCUGCUGCCUUCCUAACCUGUGAGGGAGGAACAGGAUUAAAAGGUGAGGGAGGAACAGGAUUAAAAGGAGACCGGUCAGGCAGUCCUCGUCCACACUGCCACACAGAGAGCCUCCAGGUGUCCGCUGCCUCUCCAAGGAAGGAUCCACAUACAGCCAGGCCACCACAGCCUGCUAGCAGCAGAGAGCCAGGGCAGGUCCAGGACUCUCCUGCAGUCUGACCAACACUAAGAAGUUCCUCACACACCACUGGCACUCCGCUAAACACAGAGCCAGGGGGACAGAGGAAAGAAGGCCAGCAGCCUUGACACAGGCAGUUGAACCCUACAUGCUCAAAAGGCACCAGGGAGGGCAAGACACAGUGGGGCCCUACAGGAAAAGAAGAUGGACUGAGCUGCUGACUACAGAAUCCACUAGAACCACCACGAUGUCCUUGGAGAAAAUGGAAGACCUCCAGCUGGAGGGAAAAUACCUGCGGCCAGCAACCAAGGAGGUGAAUGGCAUCCUCAUGACCAAGCUGAUCAGUGACAAGUGGGACCAAAUCUGGAGCUUCCAGGCCAAGCCUGAUGAUCUCCUCAUCGCAACCUACCCAAAGGCAGGCACAACCUGGACUCAGGAGAUCGUGGACAUGAUCCAGCAUGACGGGGAUGAGCUCAAGUGCCAGCGCAACAUCACCUACGAAAUGCACCCAUUCAUUGAGUGGGAGAUGCCACCGCCCCUCAAGUCAGGUCUGGAGCUGGCCGAUGCAAUGCCAUCGCCCAGGACACUGAAGACGCACCUGCCCGCACAGCUGCUGCCACCCUCCUUCUGGAAGGAAAACUGCAAGAUCAUCUACGUGGCUAGAAAUGCCAAGGACUGCCUGGUGUCCUACUACCAUUUUUACAGGAUGAAUAAGGCAUUGCCUGAACCUGGCACUUGGGAGGAGUACAUUGAAGCCUACAAGGCCGGAAAAGUGCUCUGGGGUUCCUGGUAUGACCACGUGAAGGGGUGGUGGGACCGGAAGGACCAGCACCGCAUCCUCUACCUCUUCUAUGAGGACAUGAAGGAGAGAAAGCCCAGCCACAUUGCCAGGCCAACCUGCGGGAUACCAGGAGCCUUGUUUCUCUGCCUGAGAGAUGGCAUGGAGUCUCUCCCUGGAGGUUACCUCACAGAGCCCUGCCAUCCUACUGCUGAAGCUGUGCUGGAGACACUCAGGGUCCAUGCCCCUCAUCCACACUCAGAGCAUCAUCACUCACGGAGCUUAGGCUGAACAAACACAGGCAGCCAGAGCUGCUCCCUCCCCGCUGCCCUGGGAGAAUGGCACCCCAGAUCCAACCCCAAGAUCUCAUGGAGCAGAUCUCUGGGCUGCUCCAGAUUAUAAAAGUACAUCCUGGGCCAAAAUUGAGAGAACCUGAAAUGGAAUGGGAAGUUUCGUGCCUUGCCUUUCUGUGUCUGUUAUUUCCAGUCAUUCUCCUAUUGGUCUUCAAUGAGGAUCAGAGACAAUUUUUUGGCACAUCUCACCGUGCAGAUAGGAGUUUGUCCCUCUGACCAACACUGCCCCUUCCAGAGGGAUCUCCCAGAGACCCUUCUCCAGAUCCCCGGCUUAUCUGGUGCCAGGAAGCAAGGACUGGCUCAGCAAGGAGCCACAAGGCUCCUCUGGUGGCAGAAACAGCCCUGGUCUGCUGCUGCUGCUGCUGUGGCAUCCGGGCACCACAGUGCCUCACACUGGUUCCUCUUGGGAAUUGUUUGCUGACCAUGUUUGAAUUGUCCCUUAGCUCAUCCCUCCCCAAAAUGAACAUCCUUCCUGAAGGGAGACCCAAAUUCUUGUUUCUUAUAACUGUUACACACACAGGACCCAAAGAGGGAAAUUCGGAAGAUCCUCAAGUUCCUAGAGAAAGAGGUCACCGAAGAAGUCCUGGACAAGAUCGUCUACCACACUUCCUUCCAGAUGAUGAA